AUGCUGAACACUUCGGGGAGUUACACCAGCUGUCAGUCUCAAACAAUUAACCCCUUCAUCCCCAUCAUUCUGAGCAUCAUCUUCUUUGUUGGCUUCGUUCUGAACUGUAUCAGUCUAUGGGUUUUCUGGUUUUGGGUAAAACAAUGGAACUCAACUGUGGUUCUCCAGUUCAACUUGGCCAUCUCCGAUGCCAUCAUCACUCCAGCAGCUCCACUGAUCAUUGUCUACUUAUUGACCGGUCAAUGGACCUUCGGGACAUUCCUCUGCCAGUGUUUGGCCUUCCUGCUCAGCACUCACACGUAUGGAAGCAUCUACUUCCUCACAUUAAUCAGCGUCCAUCGAUAUUUUACUGUUGCUGUUAAAAGAACUGUCUGGACCGAGAAGCCUUUCAUAACCAAACUGUGCCUCACUGUCUGGGGAUGUCUUCUUCUACAAGGUGUUCCCUUUUUCUUUGUUCUAAAGACGAGUGAAGUUCACGGAGUUACAAAGUGUCUCAGUUUUCAGCAAAGUGAACAAAAAGUAUUAUAUUUCGCUGGGAAUGUGGUCAUCCUCUUCUUCUGUGCCCUCAUUCCUUUCUCCAUAACAUUGGUCUGCUACAGUCUCCUGAGUCGCUAUAUUCUCACGGUGAAUCCUAUGAACACCCUCAGCAAAGUCAUGGUGUCCAAAUCCAUACAGACCAUAUUAAUCUCCUUAAUUAUAUUUAUAAUCUGCUAUAUCCCUGUACAUAUCACCAGGGUGAUGGCCUCUACACUGAAAUUAUUUUUUCCAGCCUUGUGCUCUUUAUUCGACAGAGUUGAGGUUGCCUAUUAUAUCAUAUGGAUUUUGUCACAAACAAAUUGCUUAAUCGAUCCCAUAUUAUACUGUUUUGCCUCAGACAGAUUUAGGCACGCAUUCACCGGCUGGUGCAGCUCUCUGUACAGCUGUGGUAACAGUCAGAGAUCCUCAACCGGCGAAGCUCACGGUAACCAAGUAGAGUCAGCUUCAUUAUUCCAUCGCCAUGGUCCUCUACCGACUGUGAACACGACAGAGAUGGAGAUAUUAGUGUCACAUAGGUGGGUAAAAUGAUUUUCUAUGGAAAUAAGCAACAUAUAGUAGUGAGGAGAACACGAUUUCCCUAUGGUGUAUCCAUCAAUAUUUACUACUCAAUAAAG